AUGGGUGGAGGAACUUCCAUAUGGGCUUCUCCUGACUGGAAGAAGGACCCCAGGGAGAUCUUCAACUACAAGCUGUGGUUUCUCGUCACGACUGUCGCCUUUGCCGGUUUCUCUUAUGGCUUCGACCAUGGCAACGUCGGUGGUGUGCUCACCCUGCCGAGCUUCAGACACACCUUUGGGCUUGACAAGAUGAGCGCUGCUGCAUCCGCAGCUAGGCAGGGGGACAUUGCAUCUAUGAUGUCCGCUGGUGCAGCCGUUGGUGCCCUCUCGGCAGGCCCCUUCUCCGACAAGCUCGGCCGCAAGUGGUCCGUCUUCAUGUACGGAUUUUUGUUCCUCGUCGGUGCAGUGAUGCAGCUCGUCGCCAACCUCGACGUCUUCCAAGGUGGCCGCUUCAUCGGGGGAUUCGCUAUCGGUGGCACCUCGGUCCUGUCGCCCAUGUACCUGGCUGAAUGUGCGCCCAAGACGAUCCGCGGAUCUUUGACGACACUCUACAACCUCGCCAUCAUCACCGCCCUGGCUCUUGCUUUCUGGGUCAACUACGGAGUCAGCCGCUGGAGCUACCCAGGCCUGGAGAGCGACGAGAGGCAGUGGCGCACCGCCAUGUCGAUCCAGAUCAUCCCGGGUGGCCUGCUUGUUGUCAUGGCUGCCUUCCUCAUCGACUCGCCCCGUGGUUUGAUCUCGCUCGGCAAGCGCGAGAAGGGACUUGAGAACCUUUGCAAGCUGCGCAACCUGCCCGCCGACCACAACUAUGUUCGCCAGGAGUACCUCGAGAUUUGUGCACAGGCAGACGUCGGCCAAGAGUUGAACAAGAACCGCACCUACCUUUUGGCUGCUCGUGACAUUGUCAAGGUCCCCAGCUACCGCCGCCGCUUCACUCUAUCCUGCCUCCUGUUCAUCUUCCACAAGCUCACCGGUACCGAUGCCAUCAACUACUUUGCUCCCCAGAUCUUCGCCAUGCUCGGUGUUCAGCAGGGCUCCAUGUCGCUUAUGACGACUGGUGUUUAUGGAGUCGUCAAGCUUGCCGCUAGCUUGAUCUACGUGACAGUCAUUGUUGAUCGUGUCGGUCGUCGGCUGCCGCUGAUGAUUGGCGCCUCCAUCCAAGCAACAGCCAUGCUUUACAUUGCUCUUUACACCAAGUUCGGCAACCCCGACCCCAACGCCGGACCAGGGCCUGGUGGCAUCGUCGGAAUCAUCAUGAUCUACUUGUACGCAUUCGGCUGGUCUUUCGGCCACUCGGUGGCUCCGUACGUCGUGGCGGCCGAGAUCUUCCCGUCCGGCAUUCGCGCCUUCUGCAUGUCCUUCUGCCUGAUGCUCAACUGGCUGUUCGGUUUCGGAGUUGCCAAGGCCACGCCCGUCAUGAUGGAGUCGAUCGGCUGGGCCACCUUCCUGGUCUUUGCCGUCAUCACCUACGUCGGUGUGGUCUUUGUCUACUUCUGCCUGCCCGAGCUCAAGGGCCGCAGUAUCGAGUCCAUGGACGAUCUCUUCGAGCACAGGCUCUGGGAGAUGUUCCGGUGGGCCUACCCCAGCGAGGACGAGAAGAUCCGCAAGGACGUGCAGCAGGCUAUGAUGGACGAGAGCAAGGGCGUCGUCGAGCACAGCGAGAGGACGGUCGGAGAGGAGUCGGACAGCACCGGAAACCAGCAAGCCGCACCCAAGGUUUAG